ACUCCCCCCCAAGGCGGCCGCGCUGCGCACGCGCGGCGCUCCGGGUCGAUCGCGGUGCCGCGAUGUGGCGGCGGCCGGCCGGGCUGCUGUUGGUGUUCGCGGGCUCCACGGCCGCGCUGUGGCUGCUGUCGGCUCGGCUGGGCGCGGGGCAGACGGGCAGGCCGCUGCGCUUCCCUUCGGACCUGGAGGAGCUGCGGGAGCUGAGCGAGGCGCUGCGGGACUACGAGCGGCGGCACCGCGGGGCGGCCGUGCUCCUGUUCUGCGCCGCCUACCUCUACAAGCAGAGCUUCGCCAUCCCCGGCUCCAGCCUGCUGAACGUUCUGGCCGGAGCGCUGUUCGGGCCGUGGGUCGGGCUGCUGCUCUGCUCUGCGUUGACGUCCCUGGGAGCCACCUGCUGCUAUCUGCUGUCCGGAGCCUUCGGGAAGCGUUUGGUGGUGCGCUGCUUUCCGGAUAAAGUGGCUCUGCUGCAGAGAAAGGUCGAAGAGAACAGGAGCUGCUUGUUUUUCUUCCUGCUGUUCCUGAGGCUGUUCCCCAUGACGCCAAACUGGUUUCUGAAUCUCUCGGCUCCCAUCCUGAACAUUCCCAUUUCCCAGUUCUUCUUCUCCGUUCUCAUCGGUCUUACCCCCUACAACUUCAUCUGUGUACAGACAGGAGCCAUUCUAUCACAAAUCAACUCUCUGGAUGCCAUUUUCUCUUGGGACACACUGCUCAAGCUGCUUCUAAUGGCUAUGGCAGCAUUGAUACCAGGGACUCUGAUCAAGAAAUACAGCAAGAAGCACUUAAAGCUGGAUGAAGACGAGCACGCUCCAUUACUCAAUGGCAAAAAGAGCAUGUGACGGCUCAGAUGGCCCAGGUGCUGGGGACUGCCUCACAAAAGCUGCUGGUCUCUGUUCCUGUGGGUUAUAUUCUGCAUGCUCUGCAUCCUUGUGGACCAUGGAUAAUUGCAGCUUUUACUCUUCUCCUCAUUAAGAGGAGGUGUAACGUUCUCCUUUUUAAUUAAUGUUUUAUCGUGCGUGGAUCUGCACUGAAAAUAGAAGGAAACUUGGUGAACACUGGAGGUAGAUUGCCUGUGUCCUUUAAGUCAGCCUGCAUCUCUGCUGUGCUGGCAGGUGUUGCCAGCCUAUUGCAAAUGCAUUAGCACCUGGCAGAGAAAGGCAGGAGCAGGGGCAGCCAUGGAGGAAGGUGAGUUGUCCCUCCUUGCCAAGCACCACAUUCCUGUGGUCUCUCUGCCAGCCCGAGUCCAGUCUUCUCUGGAGGCCUGUGCUUCUCCACAAGUCCAGCUCCAGUGUUGGUGCAGCAGUACUCCAGGAGGAGGGGAAGCCUGGGCUGGUCCCAGCACCUUGACUGCCAAAGCAGUGAGGCAGCACUGCACUCAGCUGUGCCAGCAGAAGCCUUGGCUUUUUUUCACUGCCUUUCUAAAAGCAGUGUUUCUCAGCUCUCAGGCUGUGUUCCUCCCCCAGCCUUCUCCCCAUCCAUACCUAUUCAGUAUUUUUGGCAUAAAAUGAAAAACAAUCCUUCUGUGCUGUUAGGUGUAGAGAUACAAAUAGCAAGUUGAAAGACAAAAAAAAAAAGGAAUGUUUCAUGGUCACUAGUUUGUCCCUGUACCUUCCACAGGAGAGCUUUCCCAGAUUCAGAAGACACUUUUCCUCUCACUGUGCUGUAAUGCACAUCCUGCAGUGAAAACAUCCAAGUUUGAGGACAGCCAGGAGGUGUCUUUGUGCAUCAGGUCUGACAGGGAGCUGCUCCUUCCACCACAGCAGCCAGAGUUGGAAGCGACCAGGACAGCAAAGGGCAAAGUUCUCAGGAUUCAACUACCCAGCUCACGGCAAAGCAGCUUGCACAAGUAAAGGUCACUGCUUGGGGUCAGCUAGGUGCUUAAAGUCUGCUUGUGUGCCUUCACAUCUGGUAUUCAGAGCUCCAAGUAGCUCCAGCUUGGCUGGGGUUAGAGACAGGCAACUGAAAAACAAACUGCUUGCCCACAUCUCAUUAAUUAUUGCAAGACUUUGUCCCAGAGCAUACGGCAAACCAUUCCCAGAUACCAGACCAGCCUGAAAAGCAUUGAAGUACACUGGCUUUUUAUUCCAUGCAUUGUUUGCUUUGAUAGUCAUUCUUGUUUCCAUCACUGUACACUGUUCAAUACAAAAAAAUCAAGUUUGUAUCAGGAAUCCGCAGAGCAGGGAGGAGAGAGAUGAACACUACUGGACAGGGCCAGGAUGAAAUGGUUACUCAACACGACAGUGGGGAAGGCAACAUUCAGCAUUGGGAGAAAAAUCUAGGCUAGUGUUCAGGAGCUGUCAGCAGCCACGAGAACUGGCUCAGGGAAGUCAGGAUGCUGGAAAGGGAACACAGUUUACUUCUGUCCUGCAAACACGGCGUUACUGCAAGGAAGUGCACAGAACUGCAGCGACGCAUCGCAGUCCAUGCGCAGAUCUGGGCCAGUGGCACCAUGCAGAGCACUGCUCAGCCCCCUGCACAGCCACACGUGGGGUACAGGGCUGUGUGUUCACACAAGGAAGGGGCAGCCCUAGUGGCAGCCCCAGAGGGACACUGCAUUGUAGGCCGCAGCUACGAGGAGCAGAGAAGCUGGACGUAACGGUGUGACAUGCAAGAAACCAGGCCCCAGAGUGGCUGCAGUGUUUGCAGCAGCCAACCAGAAGGGUUCAGCUCUGCUCCUCCAGCUGCAAAACAGGCCAGCGUGUCCCAGGGCGAGGCAGGGAGCAACCACUGCUCCACCAGGACAGCUGGCCAGGAAGGUCCCCAGAUCCCACACACCAAGGCAUCCGCAUCUCUGUGGGCCCAGAGGAGUUUCAGCGCAUUGAGAAGCUCUGAGCUGAGGCUGCAGCUACCAAAAGCCCCAUAGGAUCAUCUUGGUAGGGACAGAGUUAGCACGGACUGAAGCACAGAGACUGAGAUAGGCCUGAGCUGGAGGCAGCUGUGCUGUGGGCCUAUUGCUGCAGGACUGCUUGGGGGUACGGUGGUAGAUGUGAAGGGGAGCUCUCAACCUCUCUCUAUGGAGUAGUUUGAUCUUUUUCUUUGUGUGCGUAUGUUACAUGCACAAUUCUGCACCGCUCAGUUCUCAUGCCCUAGCCUCCAGCUUGCUGGGUAACUAUCUGUAGCACCUCAUCUGCACCAAAACCUCCCACACCACAACAGCAAAGUCUUGCCACCUCACAUACCGCCAGCCAUGAGAGAGGCCUUUGGGUGGAAGAAUCAGUGAUGGAAGAGAGAGUAAACAAGAAACAAACCAGACAAGAGCUUCACUCCCCUCCACGCUCCGUCUCGGUGCAGAGCUGAGCAUUGCUGCUGCAGGCAGCGUGAGCUGAUCUCUCCACAACCUGACAGUCCUGCAGCAGAGAUGCACCAUGUGCCAGCAGUAACUGCCCACUUCUCUGCCUGUCCUUCUGGGGAUCUGUAAAGGUUACUCCCUUUGUGACCAACACCACAGCCACUCGCUCCCUGGUCACUGCUCCCCACCAGCUCACGGGCUGCCAACUCAACCAGCAACACAAGGAACUGCAGCAUCCCCACAAGGAAUACCCUGGGCUCAGGCUGACUGCAGCCAUCCCACCCCGACCAGCUGUGCCAGGUUCCCUGCCCUAGGGUGACAGCACCCAUGAGAAGCAUGGGAGGCAGCAGCUACUGACAGCCACUGAGACCAGCUCUGCUCCCAUCUCUCCCAGUGACCAGGGAGAAAGUAACGUCACGCAAACAGAUUACAAUUGUGCUAGCAGUGAAGCCAACCUUCUGAUCUACAGAAAUGAUAAUAAAUAAUAAAAUAACAUCAUAACUUAAGAUCUGUGUGUAGUCCAGCUACAAAAUUUUAAAAUAUGGGAUAAUUUAACUCAUACAAUACUGCUCUCUGUAUAAGACAUUUUCCUUCAUUUUGCCACGAGGCUAUAAAUUACCACAGAUAAAUUCAAACCAAUAUGUUAACAUAAAAUGUAAACAAACAAAGCAACAGAAGUACCUGUCCAUGGUCCAUUCCUGCCGUUCAUCUCAGGCUGGUGUGCCAGGCUGCAGGGCAGCACCGGCUGUGUCAGCCAGCACGCUACGAAGGGCAGAGUGAAAGCUCUGGUAGGGGAAGAUCAGCUAAAGGGAAGGGAGGGGAGGGCGUGCUCUAUCAUUUUGUUCUCUUUAAAUAUCGAUUUAGAAGAGUAGUGUUUGAAGGGAAGGCACUAUGAGUUCUAUCAGAGAACAAACUUUUCUCGUCUGCCAAUGCCUCCUCGGCCUGUCCACAUAGCAGUAUUAUCCUCGCUUUCACCUGUAGAGUUUCAGCUCGAAGAAGAAACAGGGGCCUCAGGGUACACCUGAGACACAGCUGUGCCACAGCCACAAGGUUCCCUGCGCAACCUGUUUUGCACCAAGCCUGACAUGAAGGGCAGGCAGAAUGCUUCCAAGAACACACAGUAAGGAGAUGGAGCAGGGCUGAUGCUCGUAUCUAGGCCAGCAAUUCCCAGUCUUCCCCCCCAACACACAGCUCUCUGCUGGUUACUGAUGCUGUUGUAGGUGAGAGGCUGCUUCUCCAAAUCCAGCACAGGCAUCUCCAGUUUCCUCCCCAGAAGAGUGCUCGGGCUCUGCAGAACGUGCUCUCCAAGUUCUUGCUUUUCCAACACUGAUUUGAUUGAUUUCUUUAGCUGACUGAAACAGACAGGAGGUAAGAGGAGGAAGUAAACUGGGAAAUGGCACACUGCAUCUGAAAGAGGAUUCCCUGCUCAACUGGAGGUCAACGCUGCCAGAGUGAAGCAAGGACGAUGUUAAGAAGUGCUCUUACACCAAUUCUUGAGAGGACGAGGUUAGAAUACAUUUGCAGGAUCUCACAACCAUAUGUUGAUUAAAAAAAGAAACUAAAAACCCUUAAAAUAAAACCCAUUAUUACAUUCCUGGGGAUGCAUUGACUCAGAAGACCCUGGAUGUUAGCACCUCAGUACCAGUUUUCUCCAGGAACAACACGUCCACCUUCUGAUUAAAAAAAUGACCCAGCUGGUUAUACUGAAUUCGCUUUGUUCACAGGUUACCUUGCAGUAAGGUCUUUUUUACACUUCCUCAUGUGAUAAGACAGAGUAGUUUAGUUUUCUUCAUCUGGUCUCCAAUCUUCAGGGCCGUGAGGCCUGGUCCCCUGUGAAAGCAGCAAGAGAAUCCCCUGCUCUGUACACAAAGCUGUCCAGGCAGGACUCCCAGGAUGUUUCUCUGUCAUGUGCUUGCUUUCUGAAUUUUUUUCUUUUUUUUUUUCUUUUUUUUUUUUUUUUU